GAGCUGCCCCCCUGAUCGCUCCCAGCAACGUCACUCUCCGGUGCCUGGGUUUUGCUAACACCCCACCCCCCCGCGUUCUCCUCCUGGAGCAAGGGGAGGAGGGACUUGGCCAAAUUAAAAAAGAAAAAAAAAGCAAGGGGGGGGGAAGCCCCGCAGGCACACUCCACGGGGGGGGGGGGAAAGAGAGAGAUUUCCUCCUCCAGUUGCCUGCUGCUGCUGCUGCUGCUGCCUUUCCCCAAGCGAUGUUCCAGACAUUAUACAACUACUUCUGGUGGGACCGUCUCUGGUUGCCAGCAAAUCUGACCUGGGCCGAUCUUCACGACCAUGAUGGACAGGUCUUCGCCAAAGCCUCCGACCUCUACGUCACCAUCCCUUUCGCCUUCGUCUUCCUCGCUGUCAGGCAUCUCUUUGAAAUGUAUGUGGCCACCCCACUAGCUGGUCUUUUGAAUGUCAAGGAGAAAGUCCGGUUAAAAGCUACUCCAAAUCCCGUACUAGAAAAAUUUUACAUGGCUUCAUCUAAACACCCUAAACAGGUAAUCUGUCUAAUGAAGACAGACGUUGAGGCCCUCUCAAAGAAAAGUGGAUACUCCAUGCGGCAGAUAGAACGCUGGUUCCGACGUCGGCGCAACCAGGACCGACCCAGUUUGCUCAAGAAAUUCCGGGAGGCCAGUUGGAGAUUCACCUUUUACCUUCUUGCUUUCAUUGCUGGCAUGACUGUGAUAGCAGAUAAACCCUGGUUUUAUGAUCUGCACGAAGUGUGGAAAGGCUAUCCUAUUCAGGACAUGCAUCCAUCCCAAUACUGGUACUACGUCAUCGAGCUGUCUUUUUAUUUGUCUCUGCUGUUCAGGAUUGCCUCCGAUGUGAAGCGUAAGGACUUCAAGGAGCAGGUCAUCCACCAUGUAGCAACCAUCAUUCUGAUCAGCUUCUCCUGGUUCACAAACUACAUCCGGGCAGGGACCCUCAUCAUGGCCUUGCAUGAUGCUUCCGACUACCUGCUGGAGUCGGCAAAAAUGUUCAACUAUGCCGGCUGGAAAAACACUUGCAAUAACAUCUUCAUUGUUUUUGCUGCUGUCUUCAUCGUUACACGCAUCAUUAUCCUGCCUUUCUGGAUUCUGCACUGCACGAUAGUCUACCCCUUGGAGAUGUACCCGCCUUUCUUCGGCUACUAUUUCUUCAACCUCAUGAUGGUGAUCCUCCAGUGCCUGCACAUAUUUUGGGCGUAUCUCAUUAUCCGCAUGGCCCAGAAGUUCUUAACUGGAAAGACCGUGGAGGAUGAGCGCAGUGACCGUGAUGAGACGGAUAACACGGAGGGCGAGGAGGAGAAGGCUGUAGCCAAGGCCACUGCGGCAGCCGGCACAAAGAACGGCCCUCUUACCAACGGGCACCCCAUCUUGAACAAUAACCAUCGGAAAACAGAGUGAUCUCCAGUUCCGGCUCACCUGGUUGCUACUGAGAGAGGUGCCAGCUGAUCGGUUUUUGUUUGCUGUUUUUUUUUUAGAGGCCAACCAAAUCUUUCCACAAGGAGAACGAUGGAAUUCCACCGGGAGUGCAAGGAGCCGUCUCCUCCUUUCUCCCCCCGCCCCCAUUCCUAAUCAUUUCCACCCCUUCCUGAAAAUGCCAGUUAAAUUCUAGAUCUCAUUUCAAGGUGGACUUUGAAGCUCCUGCUGUCCUACAGAUUCCACAAAAUAACACCACCCCAAAGGCCUCUUCUGACCAGAGCUCCGGCAGCAGAAAGGGAGCUCUUAUAUUUCCCCCCGCCCGGGAGACUGGGGAGUGAUGGCCACAUUCUCCACCCGCCUCACCAAACUGCCUUAAAAAACCAUUGCAAGAAGCAGAAAUGAACCUUGGGACUGUUCUCGUUCUCCCCCCACCCACCCGAUGACCACAAAAUACAAAUUCCAUGAUGGCCAAAAACCUCUGCAGGAAAGGAGGCCACGAGAUGGGCAGGAACUCUUUUUACCCCGCCACUUUUUGAUAUGUGUUUGUUCCUAAACCAGUAAUGGCCCUCAAGCGCACCACGACCUGUCUUUAAGUGGCUGGUUUUCAUUCCUUCCUGUGCCAAAUCCCUUCUGGAAAGCGCUGGCAGAAAGCUGGGUUUCUCCUGCAGUUGGGACUGUGCUUCCAGCAGGUGAUCGGAGUAGAAAGACCUUCCACAAAGGCAGCCUGUGCCCAGUAUGCAAAUCCUUGGGUUGCCUGUGUGUGUGGGGCAAGAUUGUGUAUUUAACCCUUGCUGCAGUAGCUCUUGUUAAUGGUGACCUCUUUCCCCUUGAUGCUGCAGGAGCUGAGGAAGAGUGUCCAACCUGCUUAUAUGAGAUGCUGUCCUACAUUUUCUGUUGCAGGGGUGGUGAUGCUUCUGCUGGGGUUCAUACCUGUAAACAGGCAUGUGGGUCAUGUGUACGUAAGCAUACAGCCCAUCCACACUUGUGUGUGUAUACCGCCCCCCACACACAAACACUUCAACUAACGUCUGACCAAACACAGAUAGGAAACUCAUUCCCUUUGCACCGUUUAUGACUUCUAAAUCCUGCAAAACUGUGUGUGUGUGUGGGUUUUGCACAAACUCUCAUUGUGGGGUGGGGAAGCCAUGUUGCAGAAACUAGGGGUGUGCACGGACCAGGUUUUGUGGUUUGGUUCCAAUUCGAACCGAACCGUUGGUCUGUGAUCCGGUUCGGUUGAACUGGCCGGUCCGCUCGACCGAACCAGUUCGGUGAUUUUGAGGGGCUGUUCUGGUAAAGGAGGAAUCGAGUGAGGAUUCCCUUUUUACAAGGGCAGGGUUGGGGAAAUCCUUAAAGUCUAAAGGGCAGCUCGGGGAGGGAGUGGUGAGAGGUCACCUUUAAAAGUAGAUUAAAGUUCUUAUUGGCCUAGCAGCUGCUGCCGCCACUACACCUUGAAGCCCCUCGGUGCAGCCCAGGUGUGAGUUGCUCCCUUCAGCAGCCCGUCCGCAUGGUGGCACUUGCGAUUCCGGCCUCCACAGAUGCGUGGAGUUCAUUUGCGUGGCCUCCGCGCCUCCCUGGUGCCCUUGAGAAGACUUUUCAAGGAUUUCCCCCCUCCUUGGCUUGUAAAGGGAAUCCUCAGCAGAUUCCCCUUUACAAGUAUAGCCCUUCGAACCGUUCCACCAUAGAUUGGGCGUGGUUCAAAUGUGAAAUGGACUACCACUGGUUGAACAGUUGAACAGUCCUGGUUCAAGGCGAAGCAGUUUGAGAUCGAACCGUUCAUGCACACCCCCACCAGAAAUGUCCCACACUUUAUUAGGUGCUCCCAUAGGAGUCCCAUUAGGUGAUGGGAGUCUCUCUUUUCUCCACCUCACCUUCUGAAUUCUUGCUUGCUGCCUUCACACACAGGCUCUGUAAGCAAGGAUUUCCAUCCGCAAAAAGUAUUUAACAAGGAGAAGCUCUGGGCUCAAGAAUGGGCUUAUGCAGGGGAGAUCAUGUCUGAACAGAGACCAGGUUUUUUUGCCAGUGGCUGAUGCAAUGUUUACUGUAUCUGCCCUGCCAGGUAUUGGCGGAGGGUGGGCACGACAAGCAAAUUAAUAGGUCAGUUACGUAGAUGCUUUCUUCUAAAACAAAAACAACACAACCUCUCUUCACUUGCACACUACUUCCCUCUUUCCCUUGACAUUCAUACUGAUUUUCCCUCUCAUUUCUUAUGCAUCAGCCCCGCACCCACCAGAUUUUCCUAUUAAAAACAAGAAAUACACCCAACUUAGUUUAGUCAACACAUCCUUCCUCCUCCCCACCACCAAAAAACAAUGGUCCCUUUAUUUAUUAGAUAGGAUAUAAAAUAGUACAAGAGCAGAAUCUUUUAAAAGGUUCUGCACAGAACUGAAAAUCUGGAGAAAAUACUCAAAACAUGGGAUCAAAAUGUAAUUUUGGGAUUUGUGGGUUAUGCGCCCCCCCCCCCCCACCCAGCCCCCAGAGGAGAGGGUAGGAAGGUUACAAAAGGACCAUAACCUAUCUUCAGACCAAAAUGUGUGGUUUUUUUUUAAAAGUUAAAUAUAAAAACCUAAAUAAAACUAAUAAAACUUCAGUAAAAACA